AUGUUCAAAGAUGCCCAAGGAGUGGUCUCAAGAUGUGAUUCUUGUCAGAGACAUGGAAAUAUCUCAAAGAGAAAUGAAAUGCCUCAGAAUCUGAUCUUUGAAGUUGAGGUUUUUGAUUGUUGGGGCAUAGAUUUCAUGGGGCCUUUCAUCUCCUCACAUGGUAACCAAUACAUCUUGGUGGAUGUUGAUUAUGUUUCUAAGUGGGUAGAGGCAAUUGCGAGUCCAACAAAUGAUUCCAAGGUGGUGUGUAAGCUGUUCAAAAGCAUCAUCUUCCCAAGAUUCGGUGUGCCCAAACUCCUCGCUCUAAGAAUACCGAGGCCGUAUGAAGAGAAGAAGAAAUGA